AUGAGUGAACAACAACAAGAAACUACCACCAUUCCUACAACCACUAGUACAACUGAUGUUACUACUGUAGGAUCUACAACAACAACAACAACUACCAUUUCAUCAUCGGAGUUGGUAAAUGAACAAAAUGACAAGAAGAGAAAGAAUAAAUUUAAUAAUAAUAAUAAUAACAAGAAAAAUAAGAAGCAAAAUAACAAACAACAAAAUAGUAACAAGGAAAGAGACGAUGAAGAUGCAGAUUUUGAUGUGAGUGGAGAAGAUUUAAUGAUUGAAGAUGAAUCUACAUUGGUUCAUUCAUCAUUUCCAUUUGUUAUUUCCUUCUCUUAUAAUGGAAUUCCUUUCAAUGGAUUACAAAUUCAAAAUGGAGAAAAUUUAGUUAAACAUCCACAUUUAUUAACUAUUGAAGCAGUUUUAUUGGAUAUUCUUUAUGGUUCUAAUGGUGAAUCAGAUUUUGAACAAGAUGAAACAAUUAUUAGAUAUACUAAAUCUAAAAAUUGUAAAGAUAUUAGAUUACAAAGAGCUUGUAGAACUGAUAGAGGAGUUUCUGCUGUUAGAAAUGCAUUUGCAUGUGUAAUGACAUUACCAAAUACUCAAAAUCAUAAGGAUACAUUUAAAUUUAAUAACGAAGAACUUUGUAAAACAUUGAAUGAUAGAAUUAAUAAUCAUGUUAGAAUUAAGAAUCUCAAUUUGAUGGAUCAAAUCAAAAUUUUCAAUAUUCAAAGA